CGGGAGCGCAGCCGAGCCAAGCGCGGGGCCGCGCUGCCCCGGACGCCCUUUGUUGUCUCGGUCGCCGCUGAGCCCCGGCCGCAGCAGCGCGGGCCCGGCGGGCGGGAUGUCCCAGGAGAGCCUCCUCGGGAUGGACGAGGGAGCGCUGCGGAAGCUGCUCGAGGCCACGCUGGACCUGGCUGAGCGGCGCCGCAUCCGUUCGGCCAUCCGGGAGCUGCAGCGGCAGGAGCUGGAGCGGGACGAGGAGGCGCUGGCAUCCAAGCGCUUCCGCCCAGAGCGCGGCAGCCACAGACAGGACGACAAGGAGAACUGGCCACGGUCUCAGCACCUGGAGGAGGAGCAGCAGGCAGCCCUGGCCGCCUUGUCCCAGGAGCUCGAAACAAUCACCAGCGUGGAGGAGCUGACAAAACUGCUGCGGGCAGCGGGUGAGUAUGAGGAGCGCAAGGUGAUCCGAGCUGCCAUCCGUAAGCUGCGGGCUGAGGAGAUCAAAGCUGCGACACUGGCUGGGAAUGUGCAGAGCAGCCGGAGGGAUGGCAACGAGCCCCGCACUGUGCCUGGGGAUGCGAAAAGUAUCCAGAGGGACAAUGCUGAAACACCAGCCCUUACUGGGAGUGGGGAAAGCCUUGGUGAGGGCAGCACCAAGCCCCUGGGCACAGCCAGGAGAGGGGAGAGCAGCCGUCAGGACGAUGCAGAACUGCCGGCACUGGCUGAGCUAGAGGAGAGUGGGCACAGGGGGGCUGCGGAGCAGCCCCCUGCCCAGGAGCCUGAAGUUUCGGCGGACCAUGAGCGAGAGGACAUGGUGGAGCAGGAGCAUGUCCCAGCCAGGAUGCAGGAGCUGUGCAGCCAGCAGGCGGGAGACCCCCAGAAACCCAGUGUCCAGGAAGUGGUGUCGGGGACCCUUGUGCUUCUGGAGCUGCAGCCGGCCCCAGAGCCCAAUCCGGAGCCUGAGGAUGGUGUUGAGGAGCUGGAGCAGGGCCAGCCCCAGGGGCAGCAACAGGCAGCCUGGAAGGCAGGGAGCCUGGACAGCCCAGCCACUGCUGCGGAGCCCAGCAGGAGGCAAAGCCCUAGAGGGGAGCAGCCACCCCUGGGCCAGCCUGGUGCUGCCAGCCAGCUCCAUGUUGGGGUGCGCUGCCAGGCACUGGGGCCAGAUGGGAGACACGGGAGGCCACCAGUGGCGCCAGUGUCCACCCAAGAUCUCGUAGGGACCCCAGCUCGCCUGAACACUCACCAGUGGGAGCAGGUGCCCUCCUCUUCGUGCCCAGCUGGCCCCACGGAGGUGACCCUGGGGCUGCGGAGCACCCCCAUCCGCAUCACCACCAUUCCCAGCAGUGUCAGCAGUAUCUGCAACAUCAGCAGUGUCAGCAGCAAUGUCACCAAGGACCCUUGCGCCCACUUUGAGGGCACCGAGGAACCCAGCGGCCCUGUGGCCCAUCCACCCACUUUCUCCAGCACGCGCCAACAAUCGGCCCUGCACCUCUCCCGGACCAACAGCAGCAUGGAGCCGGAGGUGGUGGAGCAGCCCCAGGUUCUGAGGCUGGAGCCAGAGCUGCCCAACGGCAUGGAGAAGGUGCAAGUGAGGGAGGUAGAGAGAAGGAGCAAGCUGAAUGUCGAGGAGCUGAGCAGGAUUGAGGAUGAGGAUGUUCUGGAUAAGAUGCUGGAUCGGACAACAGACUUUGAGGAGCGACGGCUGAUCCGAAAUGCCAUGCGGGAGCUGCGCCAGCGCAAGCGAGACCAGCGGGAGAAGGAGCGAGACCAGCGGCUGCAGGAGGCUAGGAGCCAGGCUAUGGCAGGAAGGGCUGGCCACGCCACCGAGACCACCACCACGCAGAGCACUCAGUCAGCUGACGGCUCAGCUCGCAGCACCGUCACCAAGACUGAGCGUCUCGUCCAGUCUAGUGAUGGCACCAAGACCUCCCGUACCACAACCAUGGAGUCAAGUUAUGUGAAGAGAUCAGACAGUGGCAACAGCACGUUUGUUCAAACCAAAUCAUCCUACAGCUCCUCGUCCAAGAAGACCGGCAGCGUCUUUGACCGUGAAGAUGAGAGUGCCUCCAGGCAGAGCAGCCUGGCUGCACUGGAGCGACGUCAGGCAGAGAAGAAGAAGGAGCUAAUGAAGGCUCAGAGCCUGCCCAAGACCUCAACCUCACAGGCACGCAAGGCCAUGAUGGAGAAGCUGCAGAAGGAAGGCGGGAGCUCACCAAACCCCGCAGCAUCACAGACCACUGUGCAGCGCUCCUCCAGCUUCGGCGUGCCCAAUGCCAACAGUAUCAAGCAGAUGUUGCUGGACUGGUGCAGAGCCAAGACCCGGGGCUACGAGCAUGUGGACAUCCAGAACUUCUCGUCCAGCUGGAGUGACGGCAUGGCCUUCUGUGCCUUGGUCCACAACUUCUUCCCUGAUGCGUUUGACUACAGUAAGCUGACACCCCAGAACCGCCGCCACAACUUUGAGGUGGCCUUCUCUUCUGCAGAGACGCUGGUGGACUGCGUGCCGCUGGUGGAGGUCGAAGACAUGAUGAUCAUGGGGAAGAAGCCAGACGCCAAGUGCGUCUUCACCUACGUGCAGUCCCUCUACAACCACCUGCGUCGCCACGAGUUGCGCAUGCGGCAGAAAGAGUGCUAGAGCCUGCCCUGCCCACCCCCCCACUGUCCUUGCUGCCAGGGCUGCCAGUGGGCAGGGGAGCUGUCUGCCCCAGGAGGGUCUGGCAGGGCCACAGGUCUGGCACUGAGGACAGGGGGAACUCUGACACCCAGGCAGUCCCCUGCCUCUGCCUUGCCAGAGCUGCCUCUGCCCCGGCCAGCUGCGGGCUGACCCCAUGAGCAGGGCCAGGCAGGCACUGCUGGGGAUGCUCCUGGCUUGGCUUGCCCCCUGCGCUCCAGCCUGUUAAGUUAUUUGUUCUCCAGGAAUUGUGUACCCUGCGGGCAGCACUCCUGUGUCCCUGGGUGGCACAGCUGCGCCCUCAGGCCUGGGGCACAGUGUGGGUCAGUGGCUGAGCAGGACCGUGUAGCCCAGCCAGGCAUCCCACAGGCAGCAUCUGUCAGUGGUUCCCAUGGCUCCCUGUGAGGAAGCCCCUCUGCCCACCGCAGGCCCUGCUUGGUGUCACCUCCCUGGGGACAGCUCCACAGCUGUGCCGACACCCUGCUUCCCACCUUCACGUGCACCUGGGGCACUUCCGCACUAGGGGCUGCAGCACCUGUGGGCUGGGGAGCGGGCAGGGGUGAGAGGUCCCAGGGGAGCACGAGGCUGAAGGAGCCAGCCAGGAUGGCAGCCCCUUCUCCCCUCUCCUGCUCAGGGCACCACGCGCUCAGCGCCGCUCGCCCCUCCGUCACGUCUCUACACCUGUAACGACACGUGUACCAACACCAGCCAGAUAAUAAAGGUUUACCUAGGGUGA